UCUGACAGUUAAGACAGUUUGUCUGACCACUGAAAGUUUAUCCCUUAUUCUUCCGAUACCGUUAUUCUCGAGAUACCGUUACGUCACAUAUAUUUCUAGAAUUACAGCGUGUGCGAAAUUUUCAUUGUCCGAAAACUACGCCAAUUUUGUUGGACCUCGUCCUUGUAAGAAAAUACAGAAGAAAAGAUGCGUCAUAAGCAGCCCGUCCCCAAAAAGUACAAUGCUGGAAAACGAAAUUACAAUCCAGAAAGCCUGCUUCUUGCUUAUAAGGCAGUUAAAGAAAAGGGUAUGAAAAUUAAAACUGCUGCGCGCAAUUUCGGAGUUCCGACUCAAACAUUGAGGGAUCGCGUUAAGGGUCUUGUAAACGCAGAGAAUCCAAAUGAACGAUGGAGAGCUAUGACCCAAGAAGAAGAAGAAACCCUAAUUGAGCGCAUCACAACGUUGUCCCAGUUAGGGUAUGGUAUAACCAAUGCCAAACUUAAACAGCUGGCCGGCGAAUUGCUUCACAAACUUGGAAGAAAACCGGAUAACAAACCAAUGAGCAACACCUGGCUCUACGGGUUUAGAAAAAGGUGGGACCACAGAAUAGUUUCAUUAAAGCCGAGAGCAUUAGACACCAACCGCGCCAAGUCAACAACCCCAGAAGCGUUAGAGCAGUAUUUCAAGAAUUUAGAAAUGUCCCUUCACCAACACAAUCUCCUUGACAAGCCACAUCUUAUAUUCAACAUUGACGAAACUGGAAUUCAGCCUGGACACAGACCACCCAAUGUUAUCGCUCCCGUCGGCAGCAAACCACAGGCCAUAACUUCUCCCAGAUCCACAACAAAAACCGUUAUCGCGUGCGCUAAUGCCUCAGGAAACUCACUCCCACCCUAUUUUGUUUUCAAAGGCAAAAGGUAUAACCCCGAAUUGAUGAAAGGUACGUCUCCGGGAGCCAGGGGCGUCAUGUCAGACUCCGGAUGGUCUAACGGUGACGUAUUUCUUGAGUACCUGAAGACGCACUUCCUUGAGCACGUCCCUGCCCUUGGACCACAGCAGUCAGUUCUUGUUAUCUACGACGGCCACGCAUCUCACGUGAAUCAAGAGCUGAUUGAUUGGGCAAGCAAAAAUCGAGUGGUUUUGUUUGUGCUACCACCACACACAUCUCAUGUGCUUCAACCCUUGGAUGUUGGUAUCUUUGGGCCUUUUAAAUCUUACUACUACAAUGAAUGCGCGUCUUUCAUGAAUGCUCAUAUGGGGCAGAAAAUAACUCGUUUCGACAUGGCUAAGUUAGCAUGUAAGGCAUACCUGAAGGCCAUGACGCCGCUCAAUAUCCAGUCGGCAUUCAGGAAAACCGGAAUACAUCCCCUGUCAAGCAACGCAAUAUCUGCCGAGAAGCUGAUAACGUGUGAGGGUUUCCGCGAAGCAAGUCCUGUUCGCAAAGUAGCGGCACUGAAGGGCGGGAAAGAUGCGGUGCUCGCAUUUCUUAAUUCAAAGAAAGAAAACGACAUAGCGUCAUCAAAGAAAUGCAGCAUUUGCCAAACCGAAAUGAAAUGCCCUUCGUGCAGCAAUGCAAAACCACGGACGCACAAACCAAAGUCAGGAGGACGAGACAUUACGUCAGACUCGUAUAAAAAUGAGGUCGCAACAUACGCAUCCCAGAGAAAGGAACAAAACGACACCAGCAAGAUAACGCCCAGCCGUCCACUACCAUCUACAAGUGGCCUUCAAAUAAAUCGACCCGAUGUUGCCAUGGAGACGGACACAGAUGAUGAUGAGUUGGACGACAGAGUACCGUGCUGCGUUUGCAAGCAGAUUACACCUCCAGACUUAAGACUCCAUCCACAUUUGAAGAUCGUCAACUGGGCACAAUGUGAUAAAUGCGACGGUUGGGUACAUCUAGCUUUCUGUACAACCGUUCGUGUCGUCAGACGUAUGUCGGAGUUCGUGUGCCCAAAAUGCGAGGUCGAGGCUUAACAAACAAAUCAGCAAGCAAUUCAUAUCACAGUUUUAUUUAUGUUUUAAAUCUCGUUAUUAUUUCUGUUACUGUUUGAAGCCGUUUUGCAUUAUACAAUUUAAUAGUUUAACGAAAUUUGCAAGUUACAUACGUUGAUUUCAUUUUAAAUUGAUUUUGUACAACUGGAUUAACUUUCACGAGCCGACCGUAGCGAGUGAGUCAUUGUGUGUGACGUCAGCACUUGGCCAAUGAAAAGAACGGUAUCGAGAGAAGCGCUUGCUGUACGCAGAUCGUCAUGGUCGAGUACAUUCAGGUAGAGGUCACAGAUUAUAACGUUGAUGUUUGAUGUUAUUUUUGUUUUUAAAUUAAAGUUGAAUGUUUUUCCCAUAUUUUGUUGCGUUUUAAUAACUUGUGAGUUGAAACUAUAGCCCACAGCAUCCAAUGUAACGUCUAAGAGGAACGGUAUCUAAAGAACAGA